AUGAAUCUGUCUUUUAAUGGGCAGUCUCAGGUACCUCCCGGUUUUCGAUUCCAUCCAACAGAAGAGGAGCUUCUGCAGUACUACUUGAAGAAGAAAGUGUCACAGCAGAAGCUAGACAUCGAUGUAAUUCCCCACGCCGAUCUUAAUAAGCUAGAGCCAUGGGAUAUUCAAGAGAAGUGCAAAAUAGGAUCGACCCCACAAAAUGAAUGGUAUUUCUUCAGUCACAAAGACAAGAAAUACCCUACGGGUACUCGAACCAAUCGAGCAACUGAGGCUGGUUUUUGGAAGGCUACCGGUCGCGACAAGGUGGUGUACAACGAUGGUUCAAGAAUCGGACUGCGGAAGACUCUGGUCUUCUAUAUUGGAAGAGCCCCUUGUGGACAAAAAUCUGAUUGGAUCAUGUACGAAUACCGCCUUGAUGACAAUACGAAUGAUGCGAAUGUAUGCAAUUUAGAAGAGCCAAAGGCAGAGGACGGUUGGGUGGUUUGUCGUCUUUUUAUAAAGAAGAACCACUGCAAGGCCCAACAGAGUCCACAAAGGAUAACCACUUCUACAAAUGUGUGGUCUCAAAUCCACAAUUCAAGAAAUGAUGGUGAUCUUGAUCAAAUACUUGGCUGCAUGGUAAAACCUUGCAAGCAAGAAAAUGAAACACCCAUUGAUAACCUCAACCGCAAUGACAAUAUUGAGUUUGAACCCUCAAUUAACACAAGCAUUAUUGAGGGGUUUCGUAGUGGAUUCGCAAAUCUUCCAGAGCUUGAGAGUCCAACCAUUCCAUUGUUACCGAACAAUAGCUCACCCUUCAAUGAUCAAGAUUAUAGUUUUGAACCUUGUAGGCUUUCAGUAGAUAAUAUACUUACAGGAAUUGAAUCUUCUUGCAACCAUCACAAGAAUGCUUGCAACAAAAAUACCAAUACAAUUGACAACGGAAAAGAUGGUCUCGAGGAGUGGCUUGGACUUGAUGAUCAAGUUAUGACUUCCAAGUUAAAUGGAGAACUAGAGACAACCAAGCAACUGUCCUACUAUAAGGAUGAGGACUUGGGUUUCUGGUUUGAUCAUCGCUUACAUCGACUAGCACACCUAUGUUCAAAUAAACCAAAUCAAGCCUCUGAAGUCUGUAGAAGUGAUAUGCAUUUAUGGAGCCUCAUUUGAUAAAACUAACUUGUUUGUGUAUAUCGACAUUAAGUACUUAGCCAUAAGGGAACAUGUUAAGGAAGGAAAAGUGGUCAUUGAACACAUCAGCACUGAAUUGAUGAUUGCUGAUCCUUUGACUAAGGGCAUGCCACCAUCUAAAUUCAAGGAUCAUGUAAUGUCAAUGGGACUUGAUUCCAUUAUGUAGUUCAUUCAUUGUACGAACUAUGUUUUCUCAUUAAACUCUUACUUAAUGUGAUGUUUUUUCUCUAUUUUAUGUGCACCUUAAGUUUGAGAAAAAUUCAUCUAUGUUGGAUCAAGAAUGAACGUAGGGGUCAUUCAUUAAGAAAUUGUUGUCACAUAAAUUAUAACAUUUAAGAAAUAAAUGCAUUGUAAUACAUGGAAGGUAGUACUCGUCAUAAGAGGACCUAUUGCCAUGAUUCAUGUGUUUAUUACUUAAAUACUGAUUAUCAAUGAAGUUUAAGUUGAGACAAUAGUUUAGAAGUGUGGACCAAGUGGGAGAAUGUUGACCGCUUCUCACGGAAACCGUUCAUAAGAACGGGUGUCAAACUUCCCCUUCUUUCAGGAAAUUUGUUUUAGAUAAUGGUCCUCAACUUCUAUGCAUCUUCAUCACGUUCAUAGAGCAGUUGGAACGUGCCCAUGAUAAUCUGAAACAGUGGCAACAUGGAGCCACCGAAAAGCUUGAUGGAAGCUUGGCUAUAAAUACUUGGUUUUGGUCCCCAAGCUCACUGACUCAAUUCUCUUCAGUCUUACACCAUCAUUUAGAGUGAGCAGAGUUUGGAAGACUGUUAAACCAGUGUCUCCUAAGUGAGCAGCACCAAUGGCUGGAGGUAUUAUUCUUGAGCAAUUUAGUUUCUUCUAUUAUUGCGAUUCAUAUCAAGCAUUUAUUCCGCACUAAAGAAUCGUAUCAGUUACUUCAAUA